AUGGUGGCGUGUUUCACGUCCCGUGCUAUCGUUGAGAGUACCAAGAACGAGAAGAGGCGACUUCGUCAAUGGGGUUUUCCUGUACCAGACCUACGACAUCUCACGCCGGACCGCAAGAUGCUGAGGACCUUCCACGACAACAAAGAAGCCGACCCACCGAAGUUCAUGCCGAGGUACAGUGCCCGGAAGGGGAUGUGGAAGACGGCUAUCCGGGCGAGUGCUUUCUUCACUUGGUCAUUGGCCACCAUUUCGGCAGCUCGCGGCCAGCUGUACAACGACUGUCCUAAAGGGCCAGCUCUCUUCGAGAUCGGGGGCUGCAAACAGACCGUCGAGAUCUCCGAGGUCGAAGGGAUUGAUUUCGUGGAGCCCCUGGCAUGGAACGAUCUACAUCGCGAAGAUGGCGUCCAACGAGUCCAUGAUACAAUCGGCGAGCUACGACCUGGAGUUCUUUGGCUACACCCGCCCACGAACGUCAUCGACUACAACCCCAGGGAGGAAAACGUGCAGGAGCAUCCCCGACGGGUUUUCCAUGAUAUCCUCGAAGAGUGUGGGAGGGCACAUGUCAAACAUCAAGGAACUUUGGUUGUCGAGGUGUCCGCCGAGCCCGAGGAUCGGAAGGAGUUUGUCUAUCAACGACUUCGCGGGUUUGGAGAAGUGACAGAGCAUUUCUUCGGCGAUACACAUUUCUACAAGGUCAGGGACGCGAACUAUCACGAGGCUUUCGUCUCUGCGAAUGGAGAUGGACCAGAACCGGCCGACGACCUACUUGUCGGAGAAGCACCUGAGCGACCUAUGCGCAUAGUCUUUGGAAAGACUCCCCGGGACGACGAGGAUAUCAUCGAACAAGAGAUUGACGACGGAGUGUGGAUCGCCAGGACGCCUGACGACGCACAACACCGGCGGGACGCUAUACGUGCCGCCUCCAAGGCGGCAUUCCUUAAGGUUCGUGCGGAGGAGAAGAUCCGGCGAGGAAGUCUUCAACGAGCCCGGGUGCGCGGACGCGAUCUAGCCAACGGUGAAAUGGCUCUGUACUGGCGCAAGGACAAGAACAACAAGAAGGGAGCGUGGCGAGGCCAUGAUGAUGAUGAUCCUCCUGUGGAGGAAAGCAACCGGUCCCUGCGGGGACGCCGCACAUGGAGAAGGAGUGACCCUGGGGAGGCUCCCGCCGGAGCGAAAGGGGGUCACGACACAGAGGGCAACGGGUGUCACGCAGAUGACGCUGAGCCACCUCGCGGCGAUGCAGAUCAACCUACUGGAGGGUGGGGCGACUACUACAGUGGCGGCUGGGGCCGCCAUGACGCGCGAGGACGUGGAGAUGUUCGGUCCACCGGGGACAACGGCUGGCGGUGGAGCAGAUGGAACGAUGGAUCGUGGACGAGGCCUUCUACCGUGGUGGAGGACCAGUAUGAAGAUCGGGACCACGCGGACGAUCCGCAGGCCACUCGCUGGAACGAUGGCGGGUGGUGGACCAGAUGGAAUGAUGGAUCGUGGGCCACUACGCCUUCUACGACGACGGCAGCCUCGACAGGUGAUCCCGAUCAAGGUCAUGAGCUGGCGACCGCUGGGCGCGCUCCGGGAUGGGCGCGACUGACCUCUUCAGCUACUACGCGAAGGAACUCGGGUGUGACCGGCGGCGAGAACGAUCAUUGGGCACAUGGCAUCGAACCUGAUCGUCCGGGAUCUCUUGAUGCUGGCGGCCCAGGUGACCGGAGGAGCGGGAUCAGUGAGAAAAUGAGCGUCCCGGUUUUCGCUGCGGAGGACGUUGGUGAGAAGCUUGGAAGCAGUGCGAGAUCGUAUCUCCGUCAGAUAGAUGCUUGGUCCAAGCUGACGCGGACCCCCCGAGACCGCCAAGCUUUACUCCUUUACCAAUCUCUCCAGGGUCGCGCCUGGAUAGAAGCAGAGGAACUCCAAGUAACUAACCUGGCGAACGAGGACGGCAUCGAGUACUUCAAGGCGUGGGUGGUCGAGCGCUACCAGGAGGUGGAGAUCGGGAAGAUCGGCGAGGCCCUGAACGGCUUCUUCAAAAGACUCCGGCGCGGACCCCAACAGUCAAUCCGCGAGUUCAACGGUCUCUUUGAUAGGUCUUAUGCUCGUCUGUUGGAGAUCGACUGCAAGCUUCCGGAAACCGCGAAGGCCUGGGCAUACCUCAACGCCCUCGGCCUCACUCAGGCCGAAGAGUUGUCGAUCCUUGGGAGUGUUGCAAAUGAGUACGUGACGAACAAGUUGCAGCGUGCAGCCGUACUGCACGAGAAGAGUCUUAGGAAGGCCUGGGACCGUGACCGGGCCAAGCCGUGGGAGCGUGACCGGGGGGUGAAAGCCAACUCCGUCCACAACGCCGACCGCGUCGACGAGGAGAACGACGACAAGGACUCCCACGACGAGUUCCCGUUUGCGCAGGACGAUGAUGAAGGAGCCCACGUCUACGAGGCCUACAUGACGGCGAAGAUGCAGUACAAGGACACCCUCAAGGCGCGAGGACUGGACCAAGAUGCCCUCCGCAAGGCUACGGAGGACAAGAUAGCCCUGGCAAAGUCGAAGUCCUACUGCAGCGUGUGCAAGCAGCGCGGACAUUGGCACCGAGAUCCCCAGUGCCCUGCCAACGUUGCUAAUGCUGCCAAGGGGCGAGAUGGUUCCAAGGAUGCCGUGCAAACAGCCCACGCCAUCUUCGAGACGAGCCAGGCCGCCGGUGAUCGCCUCUAUGGCAUUACCGACUGUGCAUGCACUAAGUCCGUGAUGGGUACGUCCUGGCUACAGCGGUUCGUGGAUUAUAUGAAGCAGUGCAACGUUGAGGUGCCGCUUCUGCCUGAGCAGGACAGCUUCCGCUUUGGGGCUUCGAGGGUUUACCACGCUUCCUACGCAGUUGUGGUACCUGUGCGACUUGGGAACACUUGGGUUUUGGUUCGUGCCGCAGUGGUUCACGGGGACCUCCCCCUGCUGAUCAGUCGGAGUGCCCUGGCCUCUUUGGGCAUGAUCUACGAUAUGGACUCCCAUGUGGCGGACUUCAAGACGGUCGGGGUGAAGAGUAUGCCUCUCGAAAUGACUACCAGCGGACAUCCUGCUUUGAAUGUCUACUAUGGGUCCAAUGAGAUUCCUCUGUACGCUCAGCCGAAGGCUUGGGAUGCCAGCAAGAGCAUCCGCGGAGAGAUUCAGAUCAUUGCGCACCAGCAGGCAUACAUGGUAGGACCUGUCGAGCUUCCCGUGAGUGUACCGCAUCCCCAGGUUUUCUACGAGAAGAAGGAGCUGUUGUCCGAGGCGACGGCGAUGGGUCUGUCUCCCUUACCGGAGUGGACCAAUGUGGAGCUUCGGAGCGCUAUCACGGAGAUGAAGGACGAGAAGAAGAAAGCGAGCGGUCUCCCCAAGGGUCUGUCGAGCAUGCGCCUGGCAGAGCUGAAGGAGGAAGCCGAGAAGCUAGGACUCCCUUACGCAGCGAAUGCCACGCGCGGGGUGUUGAUGCGGAACAUUCGCGACUACUACGCCACCCCCGCGGACACGGUGAUGACCAUCGGCAGGCACAAGGGGAACACCUACGCCCAGAUACCUCUGUCCUACGGCAAGUGGGCCGACGAGGAGGAGAAGGUGAAUGGCGGGAACAUGCACCCGGAUCUGCGGCGCUACGUGAUGUGGUACCGCAGGAAGAUGAACGACGACUUCGAGGAGGAGCCCACCACGUUGGAGAAGAUGUCGAACCCCGAGAAGUACGCCGUGAUCAACCCGGAGGACUACGCAUCAAGCGCCGGGAGCAGCGACCUGUCUUGGGCCGAGGUGAAAUCCCUGGCGGACAAGAAGGGGAAGGGGUAUGCCAAGGAGGUGACGAAGGAGCUGCAGUUGCCCAUGCCGAUGACGAGGACCAAUGCCAACGAGGGAACUACUCGUAUGGGAUUGGAAAUCCCCCAGGAGAUCAAGGCGGAGAUGAUGGCUUUGGAGUUCGCCGAUGAGGUCGACUACAAGUACUCUGACGCGCGGGGCGGCGAGACCAAGGACAUCAACCACUACAUCAACGAGAAGAUGAACAACCUCGAGAACCCAAGAGCGGGCAAGGACACCGAGGAUUACGUCAACAUGGAUGCCAAGGAACGUCUCAAUAGAGAGAGAGCAGACCACGUCAAGGGCACUAAUCCGCGCAAUGCUACCGAGGAUCCGCCUGCUCAAUGUCCAGGUCACCUUCAGGACACCGUGAUGGUCAAGGGCAACUACAACGAGGACUAUGCCAACAAAGGGGCCAAGGGCUACCACACCGUGAAGAUUGACGACGUCGAGAACCCCAACCUGGGCAAGGACGCCAAGGAUUAUCCCAACACAGAUGCCAAGGAAUGUCUUAGCAGGGAGGGACCAAGCUACGUGCACUUUCAGGACACCGUGAUGGUCGAGGACAACUACAACGAGGACUAUGCCAACAAAGGGGCCAAGGACUACCACACCGUGAAGAUUGACGAC